CAACCCUCCUGCCUCAGCCUCCUGUGUUCUGGGAUUACAGGAUCUGACAUUUGCUGAAAUCAUAUUCAGAAGAGAAGAAAUAUUGACUGAUCUUUUUGGAACAGAAUAUGGAGUGAUAAAGCACCAUGGAUCUAACUUAUAUUCCUGAAGACUUAUCCAGCUAUACAAAAUUUGGAAAUAAAUCCUGUCCUCCCACCAAUUGUGUGUUUCAUGUGCGAGUGCUAAUGUACUCUAUUAGGACUGGAGCCAUGGUUAUCACCAUCUUAGGGAACUUGGUUAUCAUGAUGUCGAUAUUGCAUUUCAAACAGCUUCACUCUCCCACAAACUUUCUGAUCCUCUCCAUGGCAACCAUGGAAUUUUUGCUAGGUUUUGUCAUCAUGCCCUACAGCAUGGUGCUAUCAGUGGAGAGCUGUUGGUAUUUUGGGGAUGGCUUUUGUAAAUUCCAUGCAAGUUUUGACAUGAUACUGAGACUGACUUCCAUUUUCCACCUCUGUUCCAUUGCUGUCGAUCGAUUUUACACUGUGUGUUACCAUUUACAUUAUGCAACCACAAUGACAGCCUCCAUGAUAAAGCGAUUGCUUGCAUUUGGCUGGUCUGUCCCAGCUCUUUUCAGUUUUGAUUUAGUUCUAUCUGAGGCCAAUGUUGCUGGUAUGCAGAGCUACGAGAUUCUUGUUGCCUGGUUCAACUUCUGUGCACUCACUUUCAACAAAGUUUGGGGAAUGAUAUUGUUCACUACUUGUUUCUUUAUUCCUGGCUCCAUCAUGGUUGGUAUUUAUAACAAAAUCUUUAUUGUUUCCAAACAACAUGCUCAA